CGACAUAAAAAUUCUUGAUUCGCACAUCUCUAGUAACCACCGACUCUCUUGUUCGCUCGGUGAUUAGCUCCCGCGACCGACGAAAAAAAAUUAGUGUUGCGCGUGCAGCGGAGAUUCCGUUAUUACGAAUACGGUUAAGUACGCGAACGUUUCGCCACCGGGCUCGUUCCGCGUAAUCCUCUCUCAGUGUGAAGAGAGACCGGCCGACGUGCAUCAUAAUUCGCUCGACGAUGAUAUACGAUCUCAGCCGGCGGCGUGAUUGCGUCGACAGCGUUCGGUCGGCUGUGUGCCGAGAUACCGGAGAUACACUCAAUCUCGCCAACGACGAUCUCUCCGGCGUCUUCAUCAGUUCCUGGUCGCGCGUCUUCUUCGCGCGCGCGUGUCUUUCGUCGCGAGGCGGUUACCGCGACGUAGAUACCGCGAGGUGCUCGGGUCGGAGGGAACGUACUCGGACGAGUCGGCGGUAUCGCGGUGGAAUCGAAUGAAGCGGUUACGAACGAGUAAUCGCGCGCGCGCGCGCGCACACACGCUGAGGACACAGCCGUCGCGGCAAGAGAGGACCCCAGAAAGCGAAUUUUGAUGAAGGCGAAGGGGAUUCCACGAGUCGCGCGGCUCUCUUCUCUUCUGUUCUACGGCCAUCACGGACGGCUUGGGGAUUUCUCGUCUCGUCGAGACGGAAAGGCAGUGAUACGGACGACGCGCGCUCCUGUCGACGCAGCAGACUCGAUGUUCUCGCGUGUUAAGCUGAAGGGAGAGAGAGGGAGAGAGAGAGAGAGAGAGAGAGACUCCGGCCAGCGCACUCACAGCCGACCCCGACCACGAGGUCAGCAUUUGCCAACGACCCUCCAGCAGCAGCCCUUCGUUCUCCCUCCGAGGGGGAUCCAACCACCGUGGAGUCCGCGCGACCUACUCCAGCCCGGCCUUGCGGACCCGGAGGACAUGAUCGCUGCGCAUCGAAAGACAUUAGAAGCUAGUCCCGAUAUGCAAUAACCUCGGGAAAAAAGCGCAGGAAACGUCGGCAGGUUGAAAGUGGCGCUUGCUGAGCGUUUUGAAGAACACGUUGACUGUUGCGAUUUCUCCGCCGACGAGAUCACGUGCGCGCCAUUGAUUGGCGGGCGACGAUGGCUGACUAGUGGGGCAUGAUUUGGCCCUUUUUGCCCAUUGUUGUCGAG